AUGGCUGGUUUGAAGGACGUUGUUACUCGCGAGUACACCAUUAACUUGCACAAGAGGUUGCACGGUGUCACCUUCAAGAAGAGAGCGCCACGCGCGGUCAAGGAGAUCAAGAAGUUCGCCAAGUUGCACAUGGGCACCGAGGAUGUCAGAUUGGACCCAAGAUUGAACACCGAGAUCUGGAAGAGAGGCGUCAAGGGCGUUCCAUUCAGAAUGAGAUUGAGAAUCUCCAGAAGAAGAAACGAGGAGGACAACGCCAAGAACCCACUAUUCUCGUACGUCGAGCCAGUUGUGGUGGCCUCUGCCAAGGGCUUGCACACUGUUGUGGUCGAGGAGGAGGAGGCCUGA